ACAGUGUGGAAAGGUCCGAAGGUCAACGAUUUUUAUGCGCAUGCGCGACACGUGAACAAGGAGGCGUGGCUGCACCGUAAGCAAGCGCAAAUAGCAGACGACGGGGGAGGAGACGAGGGCAAAUGGCGAUUCCGACAUCUGGUCCACCAAGUUCUAGCGACAUAGUUCGUCUCAAUGUCGGAGGGGAGGUAUUCGCGACAACCUAUGGGACCCUGGCCUCGGCUGGCGAGAGUUUCUUUACGUCUCUCCUGUCAGGACGCCACAAGAACACUACUGACGACUCUGGAGCUCUGUUUAUUGAUAACUCUAAAUGCAGGUCCCCCAGGUAUUUCAGUCCGUUACUCCACUUCCUGCGGAGUGGGGUGUUGGAGAUUCCCCCCGGAGUAAGUCACACGUCACUCCAGAGAGAGGCGGAGUUCUACGGCCUCUCCUCCGUCGUGGCUUACUUCAAACAACAGGAGGAGGAGAAGAGGAAGAGGGAAACAAAAAACACUGCACCGUUCAUGAAGGGCGUUGGUUGCUACGUGGACGAGGCCAACGUACGAGCUCUUCUGUUCACAUCCGACAAACACCUCACUCUAGUCGUCGGAGAACAGGCGUUCACUCAGGCAAUGGUAAUUCAGAACCAUCCCCAGGUACCGCAGGAAUGGAAGGCGGACACCAUGUACGAGAGAAGUUUCGCGAUAUUCUACAACGGACAUGUUCAGAAGGGAUCUUACAAGAUGAACGCUGAAGGAAGGGGAAUGGUAGUCACGCUGCCAGGCAGCUCGGGGGCGGCAAACCGCCACCAUCUUGCCACACUCUCCCCAGACUCCACCUCUCUCUGUCUCACUAGCUUCAGCUGCGAAGGAGGCUCAGUCAAAUUCGACCAUCAAUUUUGCGACCACAAAAAUCCUCACCAUUUUCAUCUCUUCAAACUCCAGAAAUUUUAGGGGAUAUUUUUUAUACAUCGUGUCUUUGCCUACAUUUAUACACUCACUGUGUUCAACAUAUUAUUUUGUUUUUAUUUUUAAAGCCACAUCCACAUAAAGCUUAACCAUGCAUAGAGUAUAUACUGGGCAUGUGAUCUAUGACUACUAUUGCAU